AUGAGGGAAAGUUCCCCGAAGAGUUUGUACAUGCGCGAGAUCUUCUACAUGAGAGCUCUGCUCAGUGCUGUUAUUCUAUCGGUACUAUUUUCCCUACGAAAGGACAGUAAGGUGAAAUGUUAUAAGAUCCAUGGGAGGUUAGGAAGCUGUAGAAGGAGGAGAGCAGCUGUUACCAGUUCUAAAAACACAGAUGCGUGUAAUAGCGAGAUUACACCGAAGAGCAAUUUGGUGAAAAGCAAAAAGAGAUAUUCCUUUACCCCUCUGAAGAGGAAUACAAUAAAAGAUAUAAAAAGAAGAAUCAAAUUUAAUGAAAAAAAUGUGAGACCUCCCAAUGGAUCCUUUAUUAGAAAAAAAGACAUACAUAAAUCGCUAAUCGAUGAUAUUAAUAAGGAGAUGCUAAAGGAAAGUAUUAAAAGCGUAGGGACAAAUUAUGAAAGAGAAGAGAUCGCCAAACAUAAUAUUCUUCCCCUACCUGUGGAGGACAAAACGUCCGAAUGUUACAACUGCUUGGUCUUAUGUAAGGGAAUGCCAUUUCAUGCGGACACAGCUAGAAUUAGGGAAUUUUUCAAACCAUAUAAACUUGUGGAUAAGUACACAAUUUUUAUAAAAGACAAGAAAGGAAAUUUCUUCGGCGAUGUUAUUGUUAGAUUUACAAACAAAGAAGAGAAACUUCUGGCAUUGAAAAAUAAAAAUUUCAAAUUUUUAAUGCACAGAUAUAUACAGCUGUAUAAUAUUAAUGAAGAGCAUUAUGAGGAAUAUUUUAACGUGGGCUAUAAAAACCCCCCUUCAUAUAAAAAUUACGUCCCUAUUAAGAAUGUCAUCGUUUCUAGUGCUCUAGAGCAGGUUGACCCGCUUGCCGAGGAAGGGAGUACUGAUAGGGAUAGCACAUCAUCUAGUGUACAUGCCACUUCCGAAGAGCAGUUUCAAUAUCACUCCUUUUUUUGUGACCACCUAGAUAAUGAUGAAGAGACGAAAGAACUUAGAGAGAAGGUGAACAAGAAAGGCAUUCUUCUGAAGAGUAUAUACACGGGGAAAAAACUCAGAGGGAGAAUAACGUCUGUACAUCCUUAUGGCGUUUUCGUGGACUGUGAUGUGUAUGUAAAGGACAAGAAUGGUAGAUUUAUAAAAAUUUUAGCUCUACUACAUAAAAACAAACUAACCAUAAAUAUAGGACUUCCCACAGACCCUUUACCAGAACAAGAGGAGAAAGAAUUAAUAUUACAAAAAAAUAUGAACAUCAUUGUUUAUGUGGAUAAAAUUAUAAAACGGGAGAUUCAUCAUAGCGAUAGUAAUUCUACGGAUGGAAAAAAUAAUUUAAUUUUUUUUAACCUCACCUUUGAUUCCUCCAUAACGGAGGAGAAAAUCCAGUGGCUCCAGAGUCUCAAGUUGAAGAGGAAGUCCAUUGAGGAAAAAAUGAAAAUAUGCAAUGAUAGAUUUUUGAGCAUGUCUUCUGAGGCGGCUGUACAGAGCAGCGUGCCGGGUGCGGCGCCCGAAGUGGGUGUGAAGGAGGACCCAUCGGGGGGGGACCACGAAUCAAAAUUGAACAGCAGUGUCAAGAAGAAAACAAUCCCCAGCUGUAGGUCCAGCAAGAUCUACCUCAUGAAAGACACACACUGUGAUUAUAAUGUUUUUGAAAAAAAAUGGACCAAACCUGGGGGAGUGAGAGGAAUGUGUGCCCUGAACAGCAACAGUGAAGAGGAACAAACUGAGGGAACACAUAAAAAUGAAAAAAUAAAACCAGAAGGAAAUGCAAAAGGAAGAAACAAAAUGAAGAAGAAGAAAAAAAAAAAAAAUUUAGACCACGGUGACGUUUAUGAUGAGGACGACAAUUUUGAUGAAAUGUUUAAGCUCGAUAUGGGUGAUGGAGAGGAUGAGGAGGACGACGGAGGGGAGGUGUACAAUGACCCUGAAAACGUGGAAUGCGUGGCGGAUUCUGAACUGGAGGCAAACGAGCAGGACAGUCACAGCGACGACAAAAAUAUGAGGAGCGAAAAAAAGGUUAGUAACCAUUAUAACGACGAAAUGAAGGGAAUUCUGGACGAUAUUUUUAGGAAGCGGCAAGAGAAGGGAAGUGUUGCAAAAAAGGCUUCUACAAAGGUGCGCGCUCAUAAGUGUAAGGAAGGUGCCACUGGGGAAAAGACUCUCGGGCCGAACCUCGAAGAUGUAAGUGAUAGAUCCAAAUGGACAAACGACAUCCGCAAGGAGGAGUCCAUAUUCUAUUCGAAAAUGUUUGGACUGAAAACGGACAUAAACGACUUUUGUUCGGAUGCCCCACGAGGGAAGGAGGACGCUGGUGCGGCUGGGAAGAACUCGAAUGAUAUGGAGGAGUUGAUGAAGCUCAGCGAAGGUGGAGAUGAGUGGGGGGCCUCAUCAAGUGACAUCCAGGCGGAGACUUUAAAUUUUGAAGGUUUAGAGAGUUGGAUGGAGCGCGACAAAAAGGAAGAAGCGGUGAAGGAUGACGAAGAGGGGAAAGCAUCUAAGAGGAGAGAAGCGGAGAAGGAUGAUGAAGAGGGUGGGCUAACUAUGGACGAAGCGAACGCGGGUCAACUAAAUUCCAUAAUUAGCGGGAAAGACGGAGAGAGCCUCGAUUUCUCACACCUCGCAGAAAUGCCACCAGAAGAACUGAAAAGAGAAAUAUACAAAAAAAAAUAUCUUCUUCCAAUAGACGUAUCAACGGAGAGCCUAAAAAAUCGACUCAUACAAAUAUGUAUUUGUGAAAAAAAAAAAAUGAAAUUUGAUAAUUACCCAUUUAUUAGGUACUACUUGUUCGACUUCAAUGUUCCAGUAGAAGACAUCAAACUGUUCGUUUUAGCAAAUAGAAAAUUUCUAAAUAAAAAAAAUAUAACUCAUAACCUUUUGAACUCUUUAAAUUUAAACGAAUUAAAGUACCUGCUUCAUAAGUCCAUGGAAAAUAUUCGGCUGUGGGAACCUGAAGAUAAUAUAAAGAGAAAAAUUCUAAAUUUGAAUAAAGACCUUUUGCAAAAGCAAAACAUGAAUCACGUAGAUGAUGUAGAUGCAAACAAUUUACUCAUAUUGUGGAAUGACUUUAAGGACUUUCUCCUAAAUUGUGUUUAUGGAAAUGACACCACGAGUGACUCCUGGGGGGCAGACUUUACGAAUGUACAAAGCACCAAAUGGGAACCAACCACGUCGUACAGAACAAACAAUGUACACACACAAAAAUAUUUGAACAGAAUGAAAAAUAUGGAAAAAGAAAACUUCUUUAUUAGCAAGAAGGCACACGCUGAUGAUGAUGUACUUGAAAGACAAAUAAAUAAAAACAAAAUGGAACAUAUGGACCCUUUUGAAAAUGCAUUAAGUACUUUAAAUAAAGAGCUUGAUGAAAAUGAAGCCGAGCUGCCAGACAAGAUAAGCCUCAAGGAAGCCAUGAAAAUCCUGAACAAUAGAAGUUACAUGAAAAAGAUUAAGCGAGCUCUCAAUAACGACUCCGAUGAAAGGGGAAAUGAAGAAUACAUUGGAAAAAUUAUUAACUUAAUUUUGAAGCAUAAAAGCUAUUUCAAGGAACACCUGACCGAGGCCGUCCUCAGGAUGAAGCCCCACGAGGAGCUAAUUGUCCUCCUUGAUCAGCUUCCCGCCGACCUCAUAGAAGACUUACUCUGA